AUGGCGCUCGCGUCCGCAUGGAUCCGCGCGCCGCUGCGGCGCGGCCGGCGGCACCUCCGGCGGCGGCGGCUGCACACCUCCCACGCCGACGCCGUCGUCUGCGGCGGCGGCAUCGCGGGCUGCGCAGCGGCGUACCAUUUGGCGCUGCGCGGCGCCGGGCGCGUCGUCGUCGUGUCCGCGCACGCGCCGCUGACGCUGACGAGCGCGAUGAGCACGGAGUGCUACCGCGACUUCUGGCCGUCGCCGGAGAUGGCGGGCCUCAUGGGCCGGAGCAUCGACCUCAUGGAGGGCCUGGCGCGCGACACGGACAACGCCAUCGGCAUGACGCGGCGGGGCUACGCCUACUUCACCAAGGACGCGGCGACGCUCGCGAAAGUCGAGGCGACGUGCGCGGCGCUCGCGGCCGCGGACGCGGCGGGCAUGCCGUACCGGCGCCACGAGGGCGCCGCGCCGGCCUACGAGUUCGGCGACGCGGGGCCCCUGUCGGCGGCGGCGCUCGCGGCGGGCGGCGGGCCCCGGGGGCUCGACGUCCUCGUGGGCAACGACGCGGUGCGGCGCGCGUUCCCCGCCGUCGGCGGCGACGUCGUCGGCGCGCUCCACGCGCGGCGCGCGGGCUGGGUCUCGGCGCAGCAGUACGGCGCGGCGCUCGUCGCCGCCGCCCGGGAGCUCGGGGUGGAAUUCGCCACGGGCGAGGUCCGGGCCGUCGACUUCGAGGGCGGGCGCGUCGCCGCGGUGCGCUACGCGGACGCCGGCGCGGCGCACGGCGACGCGGCCCUGCCCGGCGGCGCGCCGACGCACGCGCUCGCGACGCCGCGCUUCGUCAACGCCGCGGGGCCCUGCCUGAACGCGGUCCACGGCCUGCUGCCGGGCCGCGACGCGAUGGCGUCCGAGGUCGCGCGCGCGCUCGGCGUCGACGCGCCGGGCGACGGGCGGCGGCUCCCGCUGCGGAACCACCUCCACGCCAAGGUCGUCUUCCGCGACGCGGCGGGCGCCGUGCCCCGCGACGCGCCGAUGAUGAUCUCCCUCGACCCGCAGACGAUCUGGCCCGUCGACGACGACGACGAGCGCGCGGCCCUCGCCGAGGCCUUCGGCGAGGCCGCGGCGGCGAAGCUCACGGGCACCGCGGGGCCGGGCGUGCACCUGCGGCCCUACGCGCACGACGCGCUGCUGCUCCUCUGGGAGCACUGGCACGGCGACUGGGCCGUCGCCGAGCCGCCGGACCUGCACCCGGCCUUCGACGCGGACCUCUUCCCCGAGGUCUGCCUCCGGGGCCUGGCGUCCUUCAUCCCGGCGCUCGGCGCGGCCGUCGACGACCCGGGCGACCGGCCGGUCGUCGACGGCGGCUACUACACGGAGACGCCGGAGCUCGUGCCGCUGCUCGGGCCCGUGCCGGGCGCGCGGGGCGCGUUCCUCUGCGGGGGCCUCGCGGGCUACGGCCUCAUGGCCGCGCACGCCGCGGGCGAGCUCGUCGCCGCGCACGCGCUCGGCGACGAGCUGCCCUGCGCGUCGCGCGCAUCGCUGCGCGCCGCGGCGCCCGCGCGCGUCGCAUCCCGCGCGCUGGCGACGCCGUCCGGCACCAUGUUCACGGGCGUCUGGCCCAUCAUGGCGACGCCGUUCCGGCCCGACGAGAGCCUGGACCUCGAGGGCUUCGCCAAGGCCGUGGCCUUCAUGGCCGAGGCCGGCGCCGACGGGUGCACGAUCGCGGGCGUCCUCGGCGAGAGCAACCGGCUCACGGACGCCGAGCGCGCGGCCAUGAUCGAGGCGGCCGUCGCGGCCGCGGCCGGCGCUGGCCGGCCGUUCCCGAUCUGCGUCGGGACGUCGCACGCGGGCACCCACGCGACCGUGGCCCUGAGCCAGAUGGCGCGGGACCUGGGCGCGGCGGCGGUCAUGGUGACGCCGACGAAGGAGGCGGCGCCCCAGAGCGACGCGGCGCUCCACGCGUACUUCGCGGCCGUCGCCGACGGCUGCCCGGGGCUGCCCAUCGUGCUCCAGGACCACCCGGCGAGCACGCAGGUCUUCAUGUCCGCGGACCUCCUCGUGCGCAUCUGCGCGGACCUGGCGAGCGUGCGCUGCAUCAAGCUCGAGGCCGUGCCGACGCCGACGAAGAUCCGCGCGAUCCGCGACGCGUGGGCGUCCGCGCCGCCCGCGGCGGGCGACUGCACGAUCCUCACGGGCCUCGGCGCCCUCUACGCCGGCUUCGACAUGGAGCAGGGCACCGACGGCUUCAUGACGGGCUUCGCCUUCCCGGAGAUCCUCGCGGCGAUGAACGCCGCCGCGCGAACCGGCGACCUCGACCGCGCGCACGCGCUCUACGCGGCCUACCUGCCCCUCCUCGUCUUCGAGCAGCAGCCGGGCGUCGCCGUGCGCAAGGAGCUCUACAAGCUCCGCGGCCUCAUCGCCUCGGGCCACGUCCGCAAGCCCGGCGGCCAGAUCGCGCCCGCGGCCGCGAAGGGCCUCGCGGACCAGAUCGCCCGGUCCCUCCCGGGCCGCGACAUCACGAAGCCGCUCGUGCUUUAA